AGCAGAGGGGAGAUCACGGAAAUCAAAUACACAUAAAGCCUUUAAACGCGGCUUUGUGGUGAAGAACAGAAAUGAACUAAGUAACAGAAAUGCUUAACGUGUACGAAAUGUACGUGUCUACACUUACUGUAAAGAAGCGUUUCUGUUAAUUAAAGAAAACUUAAACUUCAUCCCCCCUCGUUUUUUUGUGAAAUGGUGCAGGCCGCUUUUCUGGACUCUCUCCUGCAGUGCCACAUCGCUGUGUCUCUCUCCGCUCUGCCUUCACACUGAAGAUCUCAUUCAUUAAAAACUAGGAAUCGCAGUAAAGGUUUGAGGUUGUGUGAUGAAAACCAGCUUGAUAGGAGACUGUGAUUCAUAUCGUUUAUGAGAGAUGAUAUGUUUUGUUUUUGUGGGUGUGGGCGGCUGAAAGCUGGGGCACUGAGAGUGAUGUGAUGAUGUGGAGAAGAACCUGACAUCGAGGUGUGGUGAGAAGACAACAGCUGACCACUGAGGUUUAUAGAAUCAUCACUGACCCCCUGGAUAAUAUUUAAGAUGGAUAUAUCUGAUAGAAAUGUCUAUCCACACGUUUAAGGGGGAACUGUGACAUUUGUGAAAUAUUUUUAGUAGUAUUUUGUACACUAGAAGAUCUGAUCUGUGGCUUGGAUCCACUGAGAUUUUUUUCCAUUUAAAGUCCUGAUUAUUUUAAUACAGCCGUAUACAGGAUCCCAAACAUCCACCAGAAUUUAAAAUGCUGGACUCCAAAACGAAGGACUUGUGUCGUGUCUGUGCACGAGAGCUGUACGGUAACCAACGUCGAUGGAUCUUCAACCCGACAGCCAAGCUGAGCCUGCAGGUGUUACUGUCGCACGCCGUGGGCAGGCAGCUGACCCGGGAUGGCCGCAGAGAGUUCGCCUGUAGUAAGUGUGCCUUCAUGCUGGACCGCAUGUACCGCUUCGACACAGUGAUAGCCCGUGUUGAGGCUCUGUCCAUCGAGAGAAUGCAGAAGCUCCUGCUGGAGAAAGAGCGGCUUCGGCAGUGCAUAGGUGGACUCUACCGCAAAAACAACCCAGAAGAAAUCGAGUCUGAAACGAGUAAAUCCACAGCAGAGGCUUCACUCGUAGACACGCCGGCGCCUUCCGACACCAAGUACAGCUCUCUGUUAGAAGAGGAUCUGACCUACUCGGUGUACGAGUGCUGGGCUGAGCAUGGAACAGGUCCACACCAACAAGCUGCACAUCAACACCACCACCACCAGUGCCACCAGUGCCAUGCAGGAUCUGAAGCUAGCACAGCACACCGCUCCAGGAAGUGCAGAGGAUGCACCACGUUGCGAGUGGCUGACUCUGACUACGAAGCCAUCUGCAAAGUGCCCAGGAAGGUGGGCAGAAGCACCUCGUGUGGACCAUCAACCCGCUACUCUGUUAGCAAUCUGACUAGCACAGAAGAGACGUGCCCUGAAUCAGAAGCUCAAGAGCAAGCCGCUCAGUCGUCCAGUCUGACGGAGAUCAGCCAAACUUUGGAAACUGCCGAGGAGGAAAAUGUCAGUCUCAGUCCGGCGACCUCGAUCGAGUCACUGGAUGCCACAGGUGACGUGAGUCAGCCCUGCUCACUGGUCCAUUCGGACCUCCUGCAGGGAGCGAUGGAGGAGGAGAAGGUCAUGACCCAGAGCUCCAGUACAGAGCAGAGCCCUAAAUCAGGAGUGGAGCUGGCUCUCAGUCUGAUCAAAAGCUUUGAGUGCCGUCCAGUCCGGGUUUUCCGAGGCAGCCGACUUCCUGUCCCGAUCAAGCCUCACCAGACCCCUCAAGCGGCGGACUGUCCUUUCUCUCUCCAGCCUGCGGAUCUGGUUCCUCUCAGCGUCCAACAGGAACUGCAGCUGGACCUGGCUGAGAUCGAGGCACUUUGGCUGGAUGAUUAUGUUCCAUGUGGGCCUCUGGGCUUCCAGGAGAAGCUGAUUGCGGAGCAGCAGGUUCAGCUGGUGCAGUAUGAGAAUGCAGCUGGUCAGUGUGUGACUGAGCUACAGAAGGCACAGCUACAGGUUCAGUCUCUCCAGACUAAGAUCAGAGAGAGUGAAGCCAACACCAAGGAGCUGCAGCAGAGGCUUGGAGUUGUAGAGACUGAGCUGUUGUCUUUGCGGGAGACAGCACGAGGUCAGGAGAGGACGAUCCAGACGCUAAACGACUCUCUUAACACUAAGGACAGCGAGAUCGCUGACCUCCACCAGCUCACAGAGGAGCAGAAGCAGCUUUUGAUGACUCUGAAGCAGCAGAACCAGAAACACCAGCUUGAGAACCUGCAGACAUCCACUACAGCACCCGGUCCUCUGCAGGCCGAGCUGUUAGAACUUCAGGCUUCUUUAUUUUCAACACAACUGGAGCUGCAGAGCGUCCAGCGAGCCCAGCGUCAGGCCCAGAGGAGAGAGGACGAGCUGACACGUACCAACCAGCGUCUCCAUGACGAUCUCCAGGAGGAGCAGCGCCAUCACCGGGAAGCCGAGAAACACAAUCAGGAGCUGCUCACGGCUCUGCAGAGAGCGCGCUCAGACCUGGAGCAGAUGGAAGAGAAGUGGAGGGAGGGAGAGGGAGAGAAAGAGAGAGAGAUGGAGGAUAGAGAGAGAAGCAUCAGGGAGCUGAAGGCCAGACUGCAGCACAAAGAGCGUCUGCUACAUGACUACACUGAGCUGUUGGAUGGACAGAAAGAAUCAGGUGGAAACAGAGACGUCCUCAUCCACAAGCUCAAGCUGCGCAUUCAGGAGAGAGACAGAGCUCUGGAGCGUGCAGUAGACGAGAGGUUUAUGUGUGUGGAGCAGAAGGAGGCUGAGGUGAGAAAGCUGCAGCUGCUCCUCCGAGAGAAGGAGAGAGACCUUCAGAAAGUGCGCUGUGUGCUGUCCAACAACGAGGAGACCAUCACGAGUUUGGAGGUGUUGUUGCGAGGUAAAUCUGUAGAGCUGGAGCAGGUGAGUGAAGCCUGGAGAGUUAGCCAGCAUGUCCAGCAUGAGUGUGAGGACAGACACAACUACAGCCUGAGAGAGAGAGACACACUCAUCAACCAGCUCCAGACGACUCUACACACACACACUAAUGAGGCUGAGGAGUUCACCUCUGCUCUCCUCAGUAAGGUUCCUCUGAGCUCCAGCGAGGUCGUGGAGAAGCUGAACGCUCGGCUGCAGGUGAAGGAGCGACUCUUCCAGGAGCUGCUGAAGGAACACAGCCACCAGAUACAGGAGCACCACACACACAUCCAGGAGCUGCUUCACACCGUGCAUGCCAGGGAGCAGUGUUUCAAGGAUGCAGCAGAGCGAGUGGGUCAGGUGAUGCAGGAGCAGGCCACACGUCUGCAGGAGCUGCGCAGGCAGGUGGUGUCUGCAGGAAGCAGAUCAUCCAGUACCUCGGAGCCUCCUGAAGAUGUGCAGCUCCUCCAAGAAGAGCUCCAGCUGGCGCUCUCCAAACAGAGAGAGGCACAGAGGGAGAUGUCCAUCCUGCGCUCCACGAUAGCACACAACCAGAAGCAGCUCCAGAGCCAGACCGCACAGCUGACCACUUUGAACCACACGAGUAAACCCGAGUGUCCGGUUUCUAUGGAGACGGAGCAGACGGCCAGCUCACACACUGAUACUGGAGACUCCACUUCAGAUGUAGAGGAGGAGGAAGAUGAUGGUGCGAGUGAAUUCACAGAGAGUACUGAAGAAGAGGAGCACUGCAGAGUGACAGCACAGGCUUUAAGCAACACGCAGGGCUACGAGCAGAUAUCUCAGACUCCUGCAGAGGUGGAGGGUCCGGGGCUGGCUGAGGUGAAGCUGUUAGUGGAGCAGAAGCAGGCGGUGGAACGGGAACUCUGGGAACUGAAGGCCCAGCUGGAGAAGGCCGGCUUCACCUCUUUCUCUCAGAUGAGGAAAGCGUUGCUCAGCCUGCGUUCAGAAAACGAAGAGCUCCGAAACUCGGUGAGAACCAACGAGGCGGAGGAGGAAACACGCAGACCGUCAGAUGAGCAGAGAGGAAGAGGAGUGCAGUGGCAGCCUGAGCCCUGUGAGAGCAAGAAGAAAAGAGUGCUGUGUCUCGACCUGGGAGCUCAGGCAGUUCAGCAAAAGCUGCCUCAGAGGCUUCUGGUGUCUAAAAGCACCACACAGACCCCAGCAGAGAGGCUCAGAGACUACAGAGAUCAACUCAUGGAAACACCAGUAAAGCGCGACAGCAAGCAGGUACAGGUGGAUCUGCAGGAUCUGGGCUACGAGACGUGCGGCCGCAGUGAGAACGAGGCUGAGAGAGACGACACCAGCAGCCCAGAAUUCGAUGAUCUCGAGCUGUGCACAUCACUGUCGUGUCGAGACGGCGCGUCCCAGUGGUGGUCUGGUCUGGGAGCUGGGAGCAGAGCAGGAGGUGAUGCUCCGUCUCUGCAGCAGAAGGUGGAGGAUCUGCAGAUACAGCUUUCUCGCUCACAGGCCCUGGUGCUCAGCCUGCAGUCUCGCCUUCAGGACGCCACUCCAAACUCCACCCCCCGAAAGCCGAACCAGAAUGACAGGGAGCUGAGGGAACUGGUGACUCGGGUGUCGUCUCUGGAGGAACAGCUCAGGAAGGGCAAAGGUCAAGCCGAGAAGGAGGAAGAGGAGGCAAAGAGCACUACUAGGACUGGGAAGUUUGACACACUGAUCCAGGCUCAAGCUCGGGAGCUCUCUCACCUGAGGCAGCGAAUGCGUGAGGGCCAGAGUGUGUGUCACAUCCUCACACAACACCUGGGAGAUACCACCAAGUCCUUCGAGGAGCUGCUGAGGGACAAUGACAUCGAUUACUACAUGGGCCAGAGCUUCAGAGAUCAACUCGCUCAGAGCUCAGCACUGGCACACAGAGUCGCAGCCAAGAUCAGCACCCGAGAUUAUAGUGAAGUAGCUGAUGACAGGACAGGUCAUGAACUUCUCGCCAUCCGGUUAAGUAAAGAGCUCCAGCAGAAAGAUAAGCUCAUCGAGUCGCUGCGCUUUCAACUCCAGCAGCAGCAUGGUGUAGCUCCGCCCACCAGCAGCCCCUCGCUCUCAGGAGAUGCUGACCAGUUGGAGCGUGCGUCCUUCGUCGUGGAUGAACAGGGUUCCACUAAUGAAGACCUGGACUUGUGCUCAGAGCUGGACACCGUCAGUGAGUUCGGCCAAGAGGAUGUAGCUGAUGACUCUCUUCCUCCUGCGCCGUCACACCCGUAUCCAUCCAACCCUCCAUCCGUCGCUUCUCCACGCAGCCACCAGUCCUCCAGCACCUGUCCCAGCAUGCACUGCUCCCCUCCCAGGCUCACAGAUGGACAAAUACAGACAGAGCUCAGUUCUGCCCCCUUACCCCAGAACCCCCAAUGCCUUUCUGCUCAGAUGGCUUUUCCGCCAUUUGACCCCCACACACAGCACCUGAGACACCGCUCUAGCACCACAGGGGGCUUUUCUCUGGCUGAGGUGCACCAGGAGCUGCAGAGGCUGCAGAGGCAGUUAGCAAACAGUUUUAGCAGCGCUCAGGUCAAACCCCAACCAGGUGUCUUCCAGCCGCCGGACUUUCACCUACGGUCCCAGCAUGUCUUUCAGCAGUCUCCUUUUGCUAGCCUUCAUGCUAGCCCUAAUAUCUUCUAUGGAGCGCAGCAUAAGAGAGAGCACGCUUAUAACGAUGUUUCCUCGAGCUCAUCGGGUUAUCAGUCCGGUGCACGUCACACAGGGACAGACUUGAUGGAGGAGCACCUGAGGGAGAUUCGCAGUCUCCAUCAACGUCUUGAAGAUUCCAUCCAGACCAACGAACGUCUGAGACAGCAGCUGGCACAGAGACUCGGCUCCAGGAUACAAGACGGAGGUGCUCCUACAAACAUCUACAUCCAGGGACUCGACUCGGUCAGUCAGCUGUCUAAUGAGGUUCGAGUCCUUAAGGAGGAGAAUCAGGCUCUCCAGAGUCAGCUCCAGCAGACCAGCAGAGAUGGCAUGAAACAGGCGGAGCAGAUGAGGGAUGCGGUCUUAUUCGAGCACACCAGACUGAAGCAGGCGGAGCUGGAAGCAGAAAAGUGGGCGGGGCAGUUCAGGCAGCUGCAAGCACAGCUGCGAGAGCAGACGCAGGCAGUUCUGCAGCUGAAGCAGGACAAACAGAUGAGCCAGGAGAAUGCUAACAGGCUCCAGCAUGAAGUUAAUGUUCUCCAGCAGCAGCUGAGCGAGAGCAGACGACUCGUGCAUGCGCUUCAGGGUGAAUUACAGAUACACCUGAGGCUGCGUGGAGCCAUCCAGAACGACAGUGACGAAGCAGAAGUACAGGAACCGCCUUCUCACCUGCACAUGCUGGAGCAGCAGCCGAGUGACAGACUUGAUCCUGAGCCGCUGCACUGCUCUGCUAGAAAACGCCUCUUUCACGACUCACCUCGCUCUCCUCCUGUUCGAGACGCAGGACUCUUAAAUCCCACAUCAUCCGUCUCUGCUCAGCUUCCGUCCUCUCUCACCCACACAGGGUGUCAUGAGGGUGAAGUCCUGGCUGGUCCGUUCGCCUGCAGGACAGGGCGUUACGUGGUGGGUCACUGGGACGACUUCAGCGCCUUGCAACAGCAGCUCCUGGAGGGUAAAGAGCUGAUCUGUAAGAUGGAGGCAGCUCUGCAGACCAGUGUGGAGAUCAACCUGCAAGAGGGCCGUGUAAGCAGCAUGCUGACCAACACCAAGACCUUAAAGCAGAUUCUGGAGGAGAUGCUUUCUGUCCUCAGAAUGUUCUGGAGGGCUGCUCUCCCGAGCGCUGAGCCUUCACAGCAUCAGAAGGAGCAAACUUUGACAGAAGAAGUUGUCUCUCUGAAGCACAAGCUUGCUGAACAGGAAAUGACUUUAAGAGAUACGUUGGAGACUCUGAGAGACGCGAACCGCACCAAAGACAGCAUGGAGCAAUUCAUCUUCAGCCAGCUGUCCAGGACACGAGACGUGCUGAAAAAAGCUCGCACAAACCUUGAGAAGAAUGAGCUCAAGAUCAACUCUUUAGGCUGCUCCUUUUCUCCUCCCUCUUCCCAGUCUUUCUCCUUCACUCCUCCUUGGGCCACCAGAGGUGAAAUCUCAAACUCUGGACACAGCUCCUGUCCCGGCCCGAGGCUCGUGACCGCACCGGGUCAUCACCCUCACACGUGUCUCAUGGACAACACAGCGCCCUCUACAGACGUUCUCCAGCGGCGCUCGCUCAGCACUCCACACCGCUGGACACACCCCAUCCUGAGCUAGCUCACAGCUCCCGCCUGCAGAGUCUCUGUGUUAGAAGCUUUAGACACGUCACUGGUUGUUGGUGCUCAGGAAUCAUCAUCAGCAGGUUCUGUGGUUUAGAUCUCAGGGGCGUUUGAUGUACUGGUGCCUUUUCUUAAAAUGGUAACUGUUAGUGAGAAACAAUGGUCUUAUGAAAGGCUGCUGGAUUAGACUUUGAUGACAAAGCAGGAAAUGGUACAUAGCUGUAUUUUUCUUUUUUCUUUGUAAAGAUGUAAACAAAUGAUGCUAUUACACAUCCAGUGCCUUUAGACACAGCAGUGCUUCCCAAACUGGUUUUCUUUUCUUCCAGACACACAAAGCAGAUCUUCCUGAUGAUUGCUGGGGAGCAGUAAUUGUGCUGUGGGGCGAGGCUGAGAACUGGCCUGGAAAAAACACUGAGAUUAGAUCUGCUUUAGUCGAAGCCGCUGAAGUGUAAUAGCGUCUGCCUAGAUUAGGAUUUAGGUUUAAGACAAAAAGCAAUACUAUAUUUUGUGUGUGUGUGUUUAAAGAUUAAUAGUGAUAACUCAGAGGUGUUUUAUUUUAACUAUGGGAAAAGACUGAUGAUGCAAUGCUACACUGAUCAGGCAUAACAUUAUGACCACAUGUCUAAUAUUGUGUUAGUCCCCCUUUUGCUGACCCGUCCUGCACUGUGUAUUCUGACCCCUUUCUAUCAGAGCCAGCAUUAACUUCUUCAGCAGUUUGAGCAACAGUAGCUCGUCUGUUGGAUCGGAUCACAUGGGCCAGCCUUCUCUCCCCACAUGUAUCAAUGACCCUUGACCGCCCAUGACCCUGUCUCCGGUUCACCACUGUUCCUUCUUUGGACCACUUUUGAUAGAUACUGACCACUGCAGACCGGGAACACCCCACAAGAGCUGCAGUUUUGGAGAUGCUCUGAUCCAGUGGUCUAGCCAUCACAAUUUGGCCCUUCAUCAAACUCGCUCAAAUCCUUACGCUUGUCCAUUUUUUGUCCUACUUCUAACAUCAACUCUGAGGACAGAAUGUUCACUUGCUGCCUAAUAUAUCCCACCCACUAACAGGUGCCAUGAUGAGGAGAUACUCAGUCUUAUUCACUUCACCUCUCAGUGGUCAUAAUGUUAUGUCUGACGGGUGUAUUAUAUAAAAGAGAGAAAGAGUGAGAACACUGACGCUGCUGCUCACUUUUAAACACUGUAACUCUAAAAAAGGGGAAAAACCCUGAAUAGGGAAUUCUGCUGAUUGAAAUCUGUGCUACUGACCAGACGUGAGCCUCCCAUUUCUGUCCCCUGUUCUGUUAUGCAAAGCUUUAAGCUUCAGUAUUGACCCAUUUUAUGGUCAGUAUAAAAUAAUAAUAAUCAAAUAAUCCUUUUGAAUAUUUGGUCCAAAAGCUGUAUCGUUUAUAUAUAUAUAUAUAUA